CACAUCGCAAUAACACGACAUCGUUUUCUUCCCUUUCAUUUUCCUUUCCUUUCCAAAGCGCCACUUCCACUAUACUCUCUUCUCCUUCCCUAAGCAACACCUCUCUCUCUCUCUCUCUCUCUAAAACUGUCUCUCUUUUCAAAGUUCAAACACACACGUCUCUCUCUCUCUCUCUCUCUCUAAAAUAGUAAAAUGGAGGCAGAACUGCCAGUACGCGUGGCGAGCACCAGCAGGGGGAGAAGGAGCUUCACAGUGCCACUCACUCGAUACGCGGCGCGUCUGUUCACGCGCCACCGCCAAGAAGAAGGAGAUGAGGAGGAGCAGCAACCCCGAUCGGAGGAUGAGGAGUCGGGGCACGAUUACAGUUACUAUAACGAUAACGGUAGUUACUGUUACUACGGGUACUACUGGAAGGCGAUAAUGGUGGUGGACCUGGUGUGGAACUUGGGGUUCGUGGUGGUGGCUCUGGUGGUUCUACUCUCUACUUUCAAAGAGAGACCUUCCACACCUCUCAGGCUUUGGCUCUUCGGUUACUCUCUCCAAUGCCUCUUCCAUGUCGCCUGCGUCUACCUUCACUUUCUCUUUCGCAAUUCUUCCUACCCUUUCUCUCACAACAGAAUUGUAAAAAGCUUGGAGUCAAUAAAUACAAUGAUAUCAUCCAUCUGGUGGGUAUUUGGAUUCUAUUGGAUUGUUGCAGGCGGCCAAGCACUUUUGCAGGAUUCUCCUCGCCUCUAUUGGUUAACUGUUGUUUUUCUAGCCUUUGAUUUGUUCUUUAUCAUCUUUUGCAUUGGAAUGGCAUUUGUCAUUUUCGUUGCUCUUUGCUGCUGCAUUCCACUUGUUGCAUUUGCCUAUGCUAUGACAAUAAGAAAAGGUGCAUCUGAAGAUGAUAUCGGCUCUCUUCCCAAGUAUAGAUUUCGACAGGCCAAUCCGAUGGGGAUCUUUGACAAUGAUGGAAUGAAAAUUGUUGGAGCAAUGGUGUCAGGAAACAGUAAUUCUGUCAAUGAACUUUCUCUUCAACCAGAGGAUUCUGAGUGCUGCAUCUGCCUUUCACAGUAUGCAGAUGGAGUAGAGCUGUAUACCCUUCCCUGCAAUCACCAUUUCCAUUGUGGAUGCAUCAGCAGAUGGCUUCGAAUAAAUGCGACCUGCCCUCUCUGCAAAUAUAAUAUCCUCCGGGUGGAUACAUUGGUUUGACCAUUUUUUCUUGUGUCCAAAUCACAAGACAGCGAGGCUAUAUAUUUAUUGAAAGCGGAUUUGAGAGUGCAGAAUCCUGAUGGUCAUUUCACUGACCUGCUGAGUGCUGACUACUGAUGUAGACAACAGAGAAGGGCAUAGAAACCCAAAAAAAAAAAAAAAAAAAAAAAAAAAAAAAAAA